ACUCUUGUUGUUCUGUAGUCUUCGUUGUUUUCCCCGAAAUUAGUUCCAAUAGCAAUCUCGUGAAAAUUUCCCUACGUGCACACGAAGAAAACGUCUCUUUGAAAUAAAAUAAGUCGAACUUUUUUCUGCGGUCUAAUUAAGUAUAACUGUUAUGAAAAUCAAGUUGCUAGAAACAAUCGAUAAUAGCACAUUAGCAGCAUAUGAUAUCUUGUUAUAAAUGUAACGCGGAUAAAUGUAAUUACUUGUGCUACUUGAAAAUUUUUCUUCUGCUGUGACGAGGCAAAGACAGGGAAGGUGUCAUGGCGUCUGGGAAACAUUGAUUAUUGUUAAAGAUCGAUUGUAUUGCAUGUUGCAGAGUUGCUUCUGCAGUUUAUUUACUUUUAAGUUCAUGACGCUGUCAAUCAAUACUGCUGCCACCGCCUCUAUCACUUUCUCUUAAUGUACGGGGAAAUUACAUAUUAAAGCCUCAAAUUUUACAUAUUUAGGAUAUCUUCGUAAUUUACCCACUCUUCCCAAUUUGUAAAUAAAGUAUUCUCCCACUGGUUUUCAAAAUAAAACAAAGUCGUCGGCAAAAUAAUUUCCAUUGCAUAACAAGUAUUUCGAUAUUAGGAAGAAUUUGUAUUAAAAUUGCAUGUCUGGAGUUGAAUAGUGAGGACGUGGUCAGGAUUAAGUGGUGAUAACGACAGUGUAAAUGUGUUUUGGUAAUUUAGUUCAGACCAUCUAAACUCUGUAUGGAUGCUGUGUACUUUUUCUGUUACAAUUUCUGCGAGCCACAAACUAAUUAUAUACAUACUGUUUGAAGGAGUGUAAACUGAGCUCAGUUACAUAGUACAGUGUCACUCAUCUGCAGUUUAGAAUGAUACGAAAAGGCUUUGCACAGAACAAAUGUCGUUUAUGUGGUCUGAGCAAAUCACGAGGACUAAAUGUAUACAGUGCUUUAGCCAAGCAGGAAGGUUUAUUGUCAAAAAUCAGCAAACACUUAUCUAAAGAGGUCGUUCAUAUUGUAGUUGGAGAUGGUCUGCCGAAGUUUGUGUGUAUUGACUGUGAAAGAGUGAUAAACAGCUUCACAGAGUUUUGUGACAUGGUUCAAGACGUACAAAAGACACUUCAUAAAGAAAAAUUAGGGUUUUCUCAGGAUGUGUUACCUGAGAGUAAGAGUGUGUUGGCUGUAGCAAGCACUACUACAUUUGAUGGCAGCAAAGCAUCAGUUGACUGUGGGCAAGUCACAGUAAACAUAGGACCUGAUGGCAAGGUGGAGUGCAUUUUGUGUCAGACAUACCUGGAAGUGGUCGAUCACACGACGCUGCAUAUGGUAACUCAUGGCAUUGGCACAGUAAUUUGUCGCUGUCGAGUGUGUGGCCAGCGUGGUGAAUUGGCACAGUUCCUUCAGACAAACAGCAUGGGAGAAGUUGCAAACACUGUAUGGUGUAGUGGCUGUCACUCCACAUCGACUAUCAAACAGAAAGAUUCUGCAAAUGAUGCGUACAGCUCAUUGUCUGGUCACACAGCAAACGUGUGUGAAGUGUGCUCCAAGUCCUUUCGUUCCCAUGGUCACUUGGUAAGGCACCGCCUUGUACACAGUGGAGCAAAACCAUUUCUGUGUGAGGUGUGUGGUACUGGGUUCAGCCAGAGAUCUAGCUUGAAAUUACAUGUUCUGAGCCAUGCUGGCCUCAACCCACACAAAUGUCCCCACUGUGGCCAGACAUUCCGAUUUAGGGUGUCUCUUCGAUCUCAUAUUCUCAAUUUACAUGGAUCUCCUUUAUCAUGUUCCUCGCCUACUACUAAAGUUGGUGAUUACAGAUGUGAUCGCUGUGGGAAGCAGUUUGCUACUGUGUACAAACUAAGUCGUCAUUACAGAAGCCAUACAGGAGAGAGGCCAUAUGAAUGUACUCGCUGUGGGAAGCUCUUCUCACAGACUGGAAAUCUCAACCUUCAUCGGAAGAAACAUGAAGAAGAGGAUGCUGUUGCAGCAUGUCUUCCCUCUUCUUCGAAUUUCAACAGCUCUGCCAUAACAAAAAAUCAGCUCUCUGAUGUGAUGAUUGGGAAACAGGAUGCAGAAUCUUAUGGUGUUCCCCUAUUGGCUGAGCAACAGGAAAGGGCACAGUACAUCCCAGAGACUGGAGGAGCAUUGGUGGCCUCUCAUGACUCUAAGUUCCUUGAAACAAUUCUGGAGCAGGAUGGUUUAGGGGUUCCUGGAAAUCCCUUAUCUUCAAUAGACAAUGUAUUACUGAACUCAACAGACAAAGUGCCUGAUCACACACCGCAGUUUGUGACCCUGAAUUCAGAGUUUAACAGUGAAACAGAUGAGCCUAAGAACUCAACAGAACUAUUCACGCAUUUUAGCCCUGAAGGUCUUCUCUUUAUUGACCAGUCAUCGGCACUUGAAGAGACACCUUCCAAUUCAGAAGGUGUUGCAUUACCAACAUUUUCAAGUUUGCAGUCUGGGACAUCAGUUUCAAUACCCAGUUUACCACGCUGACCACCUGAAGCAAUAUAAUGAGAGCUUCUUGAAUUGUCAAAUGUCUGUAUACUGAUGAUAUCACUUGUCUUUGUUACAAACAGCAGUAAAGUAAUGCCAAUACAAAUGUGAACAUGAAGACAACCCUAUAAAUGUCUCCCAUCAUAUUUUUACAAGAAAUUCAAAUUUAAUCCUUUAGUUCUUUAUUUUAAUGCUGUGUCUUAGUGUUCAUACAAGUCUUAGUCUGAUAGGUGAGUACCAACAUUUCACAGGAACAUCCAGCUUGCAGUUGAAGCCACCUUGCCCCUGAAGAUGGAGACAACAGAUUUCUCUGAAAUCUUGGCACCCAUGUACCAAACUACAUGGCUGCACAUUCAAAAAGACUGUGAUCUGAAUAUUUGAGCCCCAUGAGAACCUCAUCACAACUUCAUUCAUGACAUUGCAAUAGUACAAGUAUUAUCAAAGCGCAGGACAACACUUGAACCCAUUUUGGAACUUUCUGCGUUACACUGAGUAGCUAUAUCUCGUGGAAACUGAAAGCAUUGCUUGACUUUUGUUCAAGGUUUGUUUGAAACAAGUACAAUGUAGCCUGUGGUGCAGUAUGCGCAUGCACACACCCAACUGCAGGAUUGUGCAUGUGGUGUUGGUGCACUAAGUCAAUGAGACAAAUCCCAAAAUCAGUGCUUGGAGUUCAAAGUCAACCUAUGUAUGAUUUUGAAGUAUACCUUCUUCUAGUUCAAGGACUGACUUACAUAUCAUUCCAAAACUAAAAGAAUUGUUGUGCCUAUUAUGUUGGAUGUCCAAUGCCCCAUCUUCCAACAGGAUAUUAUAAUAGUAAUAUGCAGCCAUAGCAGAUGUUCAGGAGGCAUCCUUCCUUUGUACACAAUUAUGUAAUUUCCUUUGAUAUUUGCACACAUAUAUUUCUGUCUUAAAUGCAGUUUGUCUAGUUCUUCCUCACUACAUGUUUCGGCUGUAUAUGGUCAUCAUCACGUCUUCUAUCUUGCUAAAAUUGUUGCACUGUAUGUCAAAAUUGUGUACCCCAUGUGAAUGCAAUAUUUACUAAUUCAAAUUAAUUAACAUGCUAAUGUUUUCCUUCUGGCUGCUGUCCAUUCAUUUAAAAGCUAUUUGCUUGAGCGUUUGUCAUUUUGGAUUUAUUUGCCGCCUCUGUGGUCAGAGUCCCUGGCUACAAUCCACAGGUCCCGGGUUCGAUUCCCAGCACUACCAGAUUUUA